AUGGUCAAUAUACCUAUGGAUAAAGAAAAUUCAUUCAUCAUAAGUCUAAACGUGCUGCAAGACAUGCCCAGGGACACUUACGAAUUAUGCAAACAAUUAUUUAAAUCCGUUUCCCAGGAAUGGGACUUGGAUUCUGUAAUUUUGGACUUGUUGACAGCGAUCAUAUUUUUCAAUCUUCAUUGGCAUAACCUUAAACAUAAACACAUGGUCAAACUACAUCAGCACAUAUACAUGCACUUAUUGAAACGUUAUCUAUUAUUACGGUAUCGGACAGACACAGUGGCCCAGUUGAAAUACGCUUCCCUGAUGAAGAGCCUGAUCAAUUUCCGGGUAUUGGGCCAAAACGGUGGGACCGGGAAGGGUAGGCAACGUUCUGUGUCUAUUACUGAAGACCCGGAGCAGUCUGUUCUCGACCGGCCGGCUCUCAGCCUAUACUCAUUGGUUUUGAACAAGAUAUUUGAGUUCCAGUAG